GCAUCCCCCACACCAUACAGUAUACUACCAUUUAGGUCACCCUACAUUACAGAUAGAGUGCCGGUCGCGACUCGCGACUGAUUUGUUUGCACACAAGGGAACGUAGACGAAACAUGCCGCUUGCUUAGAUUUUGUUUAGCUAGAACGACGUUUUCGUCGUCUAACUUGCCUGUGAAGGCAACACCGUUGUAAAGCGUCGAUCAUUGCAGUGACAUGUCGUCAGCAUUAUUCGUAUCAGUUUUCAGACUCGCGCCGCUCUGAUCGGCUCUAAAAUAUCUCGGCUCAUUCUCGUCAUCUGGUCUUCCUAGUACUACUCUCGGCGAGGAAAAAUAAACGUUCAUAAGAAGGUCCAGCGCUUAGGAGCAGUUCGCGUGAUCCGCUCUAAGUGACUCCUGAGUGCGUGAUUCCCCUCUCAGCGCAGCGUGAAACUCGCAUGCGUGACGGCAAUGGGGCAGUCCGUGCUGCUGGCAAUAGCAGUGGCGCUGGUGUCUCUGGCAUGCCUCUCGAGUGGGGUCCACGCUGAUUCAGCUCCCCGCAAGUGGUCCACACCGACGCCGCAACCCCCCCGGGACGCUCGCCAUGCGGCCGUCCCGCCACCCUACUCUGCCACGUCAGUCACGGGCGCAGUGAUCCACAUGGACGCCUCGCACCACCUAUCAGACGGCACCACCACGGAUAAUAAUCUCCUCGCGGUGGACAUCAAGGGGCAGGGCCCCGUGCCCUUCAGCGUGGCUCGGUGGAACCCGGGCGACCUGUCGCCGAGGAUUGGGCCGAGCCGGCCGUUCUCGCAGCCGAACCUGGCGAUCCUGAUGGAGCUGCGGGGAUUCGACUCGGACGACCCGGAGAAUGCCGCCGUGCAGGCGUGGAGUCCGAGCAUCAACAUGGGCGUGAUGAUGGCGAGCGUGGCGCUGAACGGGCAGCAGUGGAACCGGUCCAAGCCUGUGUUCUAUGGCACCGUGGCAUGUGCCACGUCAUCACGAGGCUAUGGAUAUAACAUGGACGACGGCUCUUUCACCAACAAGGAGCCCAACCUCGACAUCACAGUAGGACAAGCAGGAGCAGAGGAGGAGGGAAGCAUCGACGUGGCCAUUGCAUGGUUCCCCUACUAUCAAGGCUGGAUCGGCGGCUAUCUCAACGCCCCUGACCCCCCGGCCUACCGCCCUGACUCUCGCUCGUCCUGGGCCAGCUGGGGGUCUUUCUCCUCUGCCCUGCCUGCUGACGCUAACGAGGUGCUCACCUGGCAGCACAUGGGCGCCACCCUGCGCCUGCCGCACGCGCAUCCGUCUGAAGGGAUGCUCUUCCUGCUCAACUCCUAUUCCGGCCCUGAGAACAACGACCUCAACAUCAUGAGCACCUACCCCACUUCAGAUGGUGCGUGGUGGGUGCAGGUGCGCAAGGACAGCACAGACAGUGCAGAUGAUCUAUCGCCCCCUGCUCAGGCUGCCUUUGCGUUUGUCUACAUUCCGUACAACGCCGCAGGCCUCAUCGGAGCGCACAUAGAGGGCAGGUCCGGCACACCUAUCAUAGGUGCGGGACAGUUCCGAUGCUGGCGGCUAGGUCCGGGGCGAUACGAGCUCCAUGUGGUGCCGAUGGGUCGGCAUUAUGCCGAUGCAGAACCCAUCACACACAAGGACGGAGCGCUGCUGCUGCAGGUGAUGAGCCACGAUGCAGCCAAUCACGAGCACGCGCAGCAUGCCUUCCUCUCCUACGACAUUGCUGCUAAUGGGUCGGUCUAUGUGGAGGCACGCAGCAUGCGCAAGGGCGGCAGCGGGGAAGAGACCUUCGACCUUGUCGACACUGACUUUGCAUUUGCAUGGAUUGAUUUCCGCAACCCCAUCACACCUAAUCCACGCACCUUCACAGGCCGCCUGCCCCACAUGAUUCAGGAGACUGACUUCUGGACAGGUCUCUUUGUCACUGUCUUCGUUUACUCACUCCUCCUCCUCGCGGCCGGCCUCUACCUCCUCUACAUCACCCGCAUUCGCCGCACUGCCGCUCUCGCCUUUGAGCGCCUCAGCACCACUGACUCCCACCCCUCGCACUUCCCCCUCGGGCAGACCGCAAGCGAGACCCGGCGUGGAGGUGCGGGUGCGGGUAUGGGAGGGGGUUUAGAUUCUUCUAAUGAGGAUGAUAGUAUCAGAGGAGCUUUGCUGGGGCAGCAGCAGCAGCAGCAGAACUAUGGAGCUGGGGCCUCCCAGGCGCUGUCACCUUUACCUGAGUUGGAUGAGGACGAUUUGGCAGUCUUCGACAGUGCAGAGGAGAGGGAGCAGGUGAAAAGUGGGGCUGGAGCAAGUUCUGUUGCUCCUCCCCCUGCCGCUGCUGCUGCUGCUGCUGCUGCUGCUGCUGCGUCUACUGGUUCCACUGCUGGUAAGGAGUAGGAUUGUUAUGCUGAUUCUAGUGUAGUUGGCAGUUCUGCUACCUUGGGAGCAAGUACGUAAUUUGGUUGAGAGCAAGAUGGCAUGCUUUCGGUGGCCUUUAGUGAUAACAAGAUCUAGGUCAUGCUAUAGCUGAGUGUGUCAGGGGGUCGUUUGUUAGCAUCUGCUGGCUAGUUAUGAAUGUCUCUUGGAGGACAGCUUUGUUGGAAAUAGUUGAGGGCUCUAGGUAUAUUCUAAUUGAGAUAUGUCAGAGGUUUGCCUUAAACGAGCCGUAGUGCGGCGGUAUUUCGCAUA